CGCGAGCUCGAGAUGUCGCGGUCCCUCUCCAUCAACUGGGAGGCUCGAGUAAGCACUCUCGAAGCGCUCUAUCGUCCAGGCACACAUAAUCAAUGUAUCGCGGAAGCGCGUAAUCUCCUACAAGAGCCCUUCCUUCCGCGCCUCUGCGGCAUCGAAUGUCACAUGAUGCUCGCGAGGUGUAGUGUUAGCAUGUGGCAAAAGACCCAUCACAAACAAACAGCUGAGAGACUCUGGUCGGAGUACGACGUCUACUGGUCGUCGUUGGAGCCUACAACCGAGAUGCUGGAUGUACGACAACAGCUCGAUGAACUCGUUCACGGCGCAAGCGGACCGCAAUUACUUCGGUCUACGCGACUUUCCGCUCGCAUGAGACCUCGAUCAUCGAUUCCAGCGUCGACUUCAUCCAAGAGAGUCAAGAUGGAGCCACUUGACAGUCGUGUGAUAAACAAUCAGGGCCUUGACAACUGCUGGACUCAUGUACCCAACAUUUCCCUCGAUGGAACGGGUGACAAAAUCUAUCCGGGCAGGACUUCUGGUUUCGGAGAUCAUGGCUACACCGCAUCGCACCAUCUUCGCAAUCAUACAGAAGACAAUGAUGUCAAACACGAUCCUGCAGACUUGGAUGCGGAGUAUGAAAGACAGUGGAUCGAAAGCGAUUUCAAGUCUUACGAACAAUCAAAGGAUCAGGCCCCUGGGAUUACACUUCCUCAAUUCUCGCAAGUUCUCCACCAGUCACCGGAGUUACCGUCGCUCGACACAUUGCUAGUACCUUCGUAUUUGACGUCGCCAUAUUCGCCGUUCAAGCGUGGCCCAAUACCAUCAUGCGUCAUUAGUCCGCCCAGGGAACCAUCCCCACUGCCGGAGAUGCCUCAGACACCACGUCUCGAGUCAUUGACAUCACCCUCGGGAUCACCACCACCAAGUCUUUUCCCCGAGCAACCGCAAUCGGGUCCCUUUGUGGAGAAUCACAGGACGAGGUAUACAAGAACCAGCAUGCGGGAUGUCGAGAAUACUCUCAGAAGCGGUCCCAUCACCGAUGGCAUGAUGACAUCCGCAGCCGACGAUGUCUUCGGUCGCACAACACAAGCGAAAAAUCCGGAGAUUGAUGCCGAGGUGGUGAUGCACAACAGAAACAUUGCUUCUUAUGUUGCCAAUCCUGCAAGCGGUGUAAUUGCCAAUUACGCAGUCGUUCUGAGAGUUGAAGAACAUGGCAAGAUAACCGGAUAUCCCUGCUCGGACUGCGCGUUUCGUACUGUGGGAGGUGAACUUGUCGGUUGGUGGGACCGCAUGGGUAAUAUCACCGACAUUAGCGGUGAACCCAUCCGACAAUAUCUCUAUCCUUCUGACACUCCUCACUGAGGGUGAGUGUCUCCUGGCGGAAGAUCUACUGUCAUGAACUGUUUAUAUUAUGUUCGAGAAGUGUAUAUAUGGGUACAAUGGGGCUGCAAAGGAUCUGAUCUCGAUCUCCUUACGUUGGAGUUGUGCUAUUGUCGGAGUUACAUUAUCGUCGGAGUUACACCGUUGUCGGAGAUACCUUGUUUUCGGAGUUACAUUAUUGUUGGAACAUUGUUGUCCAUUGCCUUUUAUACAGAAAGUACUAUACGUCACUAAGCUCCAAAACUGAGCUGUUUCUCAUAUCCCUUCAGUCGUAGAAUUUCUCCUGUACGCCUGCGAUGAUUUCUC